CUGCAUCGCUAGUCCAGUCAAAAGUUAAUAAACCAUCUGAUGUCAACGUUGAGAGAAAGCAGUUACGUGUUGCGUCUACCUAGGAGUACUAUUGAAUUGAUGUGGAGCGAAACAACAUGGAACAGGCUGAAACAGUCACACAUAAGAACGGGAGGCAAAGGAAGCCGAUUGUUUCAUGGGAUAUGAAAGAGGCAGACCGUAAUUACCCUUUGGACUUGGAAAUUGAAGAAGAAGCCCUAUUACAGAGCUUUGAUAAAGAGGAUGGACACCCUAAGGUGCGGCGUGGCAUCAGGGCAGAACUGGGGAAUGUGUCCCUGUUGCUAUUCCUCUAUGUGUUACAGGGAAUACCAUUGGGGCUAGCGGGGAGCAUACCCCUGAUCAUGCAAAGCAAGAAUGUCAGCUACAAAGACCAAGCCUACUUCAGCUUUGUAUUCUGGCCCUUCAGCCUCAAGCUGCUGUGGGCACCCCUAGUGGAUGCCUUGUACCUCCAGCAGUUUGGGCGCAGGAAAUCCUGGCUGGUCCCAACCCAGUAUCUCUUGGGCCUUUUCAUGCUCUAUCUGUCAGUUACGGUGGACUCGCUCCUGGAGGGAGAUGGGCGCAAGGGCCCGGAUGUUCUAACUAUCACGGCCGUGUUCUUCAUGCUGGCGUUCCUGGCCGCCACGCAGGACAUUGCGGUGGAUGGUUGGGCGCUGACCAUGCUGUCCCGGGAGAACGUGGGCUAUGCCUCCACCUGCAACUCGGUGGGACAAACGGCAGGCUACUUCCUGGGCAAUGUGCUGUUCCUGGCCCUGGAGUCAGCUGACUUCUGCAACAAGUACCUGAGAUUUGAACCCAAAGCCACAGGCAUUGUAACUCUCUCAGACUUCCUGUUUUUCUGGGGGAUCGUGUUCCUGAUUUCCACCACACUGGUGGCCGUCUUGAAGAGGGAAAACUUUAAGCAGGAGUCUAAGAAGAAGAGCAGGGAGGAGACGCAGGGGGUCAUGGAUACAUAUAGGCUGCUCUUCUCCAUCGUCAAGAUGCCCACGGUCUUCACCUUCUGCAGCCUCCUGCUCACUGCCAAGAUAGGGUUCUCUGCGGCCGAUGCGGUUACAGGACUGAAGCUUGUGGAGGCUGGGGUGCCUAAAGAGCAGCUGGCACUGCUGGCAGUGCCCAUGGUACCCCUUCAGAUCCUGCUGCCCCUCAUCAUUAGCAAGUACACUGCAGGCCCCCGGCCCCUUGACAUCUUCUACAAGGCCUUCCCCUUUAGGUUACUGAUUGGCCUAGGGUAUGCUCUGCUUGUGUGGUGGACACCCAGUGUGAGACAGGAGGGCGGGUUCCCUCUGUACUACUAUGUUGUUGUGCUGCUUAGCUACGCUGUGCACCAGGUGGCGCUGUAUAGCAUGUAUGUAGCCACAAUGGCUUUCCACGCCAAGGUCAGUGACCCUGUCAUUGGGGGGACCUACAUGACACUCUUGAACACAGUGACCAACCUGGGAGGGAACUGGCCCUCCACACUGGCACUGUGGCUGGUAGACCCUCUGACGGUUAAGGAGUGCCAGGGAGCAGCUGGGCAGAACUGUGGCUCCCCUGAAGAGGCAGGGCUCUGCUCUCAGCAAGGAGGGACCUGUGUAACUUCACUGGAUGGGUACUACGUUGAGUCAGUGGUGUGUGUUCUGAUCGGUUUUGGCUGGUGGUACUGGCUGGGGAAGAGGAUGAAGCGUUUGCAAGACGAGAGUCCCUCUGCCUGGCAGUGCAGAGCAGCCAAAUGACCCUGUACUGCUGUAUUUUGUCUCGGUUCAGGCUUCAUUCAAGACUCAAACCUUCUUGAUAUCCCUGCCCUGUCCGUCUGUUUCAGUAUGUUUCCUUUCAGUUUUUAUUUUUCUCUCGCUCUCUGGUCCUCCGUCUUUUUCCGUCUCUCUCAUUCCUCUGUCAAUUUUUGAGCUCCUCGUUCAGGCUUUAAUAGUGGUUAAACCACUACAAUACUGUGGCCCUUUUGGCAGACAAAGGGUUCAAUCUGCCUUGUGCUCACUGCUUUUCGCGUCCAUGUAACGCACUACUGCCCCAAAUGUUUCUCUUUUGAAAUGUUGGAAGGGGUGACUCAUCAGGCUGAAUAGAAAUGUGUCAGUAAACCAUUGAUUGGUAGUCUUGUUUGGUUGAUAUUUCCCCACUACUUGGCUGAAGAGCUUGUCUCUUCAACUACAUGUAACACACUCCAGAAGAUGUACA